GUCGUCUCUCCUCCCCUCGUCCCGGAUCGUUCGCUCUGGUCUGGGAGGGCCGUCCACACCUCAUCCUCGUCGUCGCUGCCGUCCCCCGGGCAUUCCUUUGUCGGUCGUUUUUUUUUUCUGCGUGUCCGUCGCUCGCUUUGGCUGGAUCUGUCCCUCGUCUCGGCUUCGUCUCUGCCCGACCAUCUGCGGCCGAGAGUCCAUCCGUCCGUCCGGCACACACCGUCGUCCCUGGGCCGCUCUCCUUCUUGGAGCGUCUUGCCCUGCUGAUCUGCAGCGCCAACCGCACCUCCCUCUCGCUGCUCACCCUCCUUUCCCUCCAUCGGCCUGCCGGUCGGUCUUCUUGCUCGGCUCGCUCAAUCUCCCGCCCAAAUGAGUCCCCAAAACAACCUUGGGGUCUCCGAUCCCGUUGGCUCUCGCCCCUCCCGCCUGCCUGAGCCCAUGUCGCUUCGGCACAUCCGAGACACCAAUACCCGAAUGCAUCGAAGCUACAGCUACAACGGAACGCACUCGUUUGUCCCAAACAGUGGACACCCCGCCAACGCGUAUAUCGACAUUGUGAGCGACUCGCCUCUAUCGCUGCUCAAGCGAGAGAAUGCUGCCCUGCACCAGGAUCUCCAGCAGAAGGAGCAAGAGUGCAUUCUGGCGGCCACCGCUGGUCAGAACCUCUUGAACCAGAUCGAGCAGAUGGCCGCCCGGAUCCAGCAUCUCGAGAGUCUGCAAAGCGCCGCCAGCCGAAACAUGGAGAGCUCUCCAAAGAAGAACGAGCUCAAGGCCAUCCGCACCGACAUCCACACAAUCACCACCUCCGUCAAGGAUCUCGUCGGCAAGCUCUCCCAGGCCAACAGCCCCGAGAUCAAGAGGCGAAGCAACGCAAGCUACCAGCUCCGGUCGGCCUCUCCCACCGGCAGCCGCUUUGAGGAGCCCUAUGUCGCCAAGCCCCUCUUCAACUCGCUCGACUCGGAUGACUCGGACGAUAGCUCCGAAGACAACGCAAAGUAUCUCGAGAGCGGCUUCAAAGCCAUGCGCUCGAGCCUGGCCAAGGCCGCCAACGAGCCUCCUCGAAUCGCCGCCGACUCGCCUCCCGAGUCACCCGUCGACGAGCAAACCGCCCUCAGCACCAGCCAGGGGCUCGGCACCGGCAGCCCUCAGGUCCUGAUCACCCCGCGUCGCAACCGUAUCCAGAAAGACCUUUGGCUGGAGCUCGAGUCGACCGACAAGCUGAGCACCCUCGAUCUCAAUCUGCUCGAGUGCGCACGCUCCUUCAAGCAGCAAUAUAUUGAGGCCCGCCAGCUGCUGGAUGAGUCGAUGGACAAGAUCGAGCUGCUCCAGAUGGAUCUCGCCAGUCUUGAGGAGCAGUGCAUGCGGGACCGUGAGGCUCUGAGACGCUCCGACGAAAACUUUUACAAUCUGGAGAUGCAGAAGCAGCAGGCCGAAGAGCAGAUCAAGGAACUCGAGAAGGAUCGCGCCAAGCGAACGACGCAGGUCAGCCAGCUGGAUAAGCUCAAUGCCCAGCUCAACAUCCAGCUGGAGGAGCAAAAGGCCAAAGAAGAUGCCUUGAUCAAGAUCCAAAUCCAUCUCAAGAACCAAUUGUCUGUCGAGACGACGCGUGCCGCCAACACCAUUGGCCUCCUGCGGCGGCGCAUCGACCAGCUGCAAAAGUACGAGGACCAGGCUCUCAAGGACGGCCAGAUCCUCUCGCCGCUGCGGUCUGCGUCCUCUCGGUUUGAGUUGAUGCAGGGCCGCUCUUCGCCGUUUGUCUCUGGUGGCGAUUCAGCCGGCUCCGCACCUCAGGGCCUGUACCGGGGCGAGGCCAGCUUGCUCGUUAUCGACAACCUGAACGCCGCCCUGGCCUACGCCCGCGCCGGGAUCCGCGAGUACGAAACGUCGCAGCAAACUCUGACCCUGGAGCAGCAGAAGCUCAGGCAGCAGCUCGUCGAUGCCAUGAGCACGAUCGAAAAACUCCUCGACUCUGCUGAAAGCGAUUCCGCCAUUUCAUCGCGCGACCAGGUCGAGGACCGCGCAGCUACAACCCCGACUACGACCCCGACUUCGACUUCGGAGCGCAGGCUCCUUUGGAAAGAGGAUGGGCGGCCGAAGCACCCCUUGAAGGUCCCGAACCAAGGGCGGUCUCUGAGUAUCAGCAGCGCCUCCCGCCUGGACAUCAUCAGCGAGUCGGACGAUCCCACGCUGUCUUCCGCCCCCUAUCGCAUCCCUCCUGCUCCCACAGUCAGCGACGAGAUCGCUGUCUUUGACAUUUCAGCUGCGGGCCUCCGAGCCUCCGAACCACGGUCACCCGAGCCCAAGCCCGCCCGCUGCCACUGCGAGCAAAUCAUCGAUCUCGAGGGCGAAGGCCGCGUCCGCCGCAUCGUUGAGCAUCUCGAGUCCUGCCCCAACAAUCCCAUUGCCGGAUCGGCACUGGCCCAGAAGCGGCCCAGCUCCAUCGCCACCUUUGCGUCGAACCCGCGAUCGCUCUCUAUGCACCGCAAGUCAAACUACUCGGUCAGCUUCCGCAGCGAUGUCUCGACGCUCAGCCGCCAGUCGCUCCAGCCAGACUAUGACUUUGACCCGAACCUGCCUUCGCUGGGCGACGAGCUGAGCAAAUUCGGCAACGCCUUUUCGAGUCUCGAUGGCCUGGACGAACACGACGGCCCGGAUCUGCCCCGCCCCCUCGAGGGCCUUCCGUCCGAGUCCACCAUCCUCAACCCCGACUCGGAUCUGCUCCGCACCUCUGUCAGCGAGCACUCGCUGCAUCCCUCGUUGCUUGACUGCGCCAUCACCCGGUCAGACGACUGCACCAACCCGUCGUUGACCGACUCUCCCCAGCACCCCGCCACGAUCCGCUCCAUCCAGGCCUUUGACGAGUUCCUGAUUGAUGAAAAGGACGGUGCCAGCGCCGCCACGGACCAGCACAGCGCCGCCAGUGUGGUGGUGGUCUCCGGGCCCCACGAGGCCGCUACGCACCUUCCGGAACCCAGUGCCGAGGUCUUUGAUGACUGGCUCGCGCAAUCCACCAACAGCGACUCGGCACUGGUACCGGUACCUGUGCCAGUACUAGUACCAGUGCCAGCGCCACGCCCGCCCAGUGUUGCCGUUCGCCUCUCAAACGUCCUGGAUGAAGACACGCUGGAGGCAUGGAUGAAGGAUACCAAGCCUGAGGUUGCCAAGGGCGAUCUGUCCAUCGACACCUUUGGCCUGUCUCGCUCUCGGCCCAAGUGCGUCGAGCAGGAGACUCAGACGGAACCGUGGGAGCAGCCUACUACCGCCGUCAUUGUCCGCGAGUCAACCCCGCCGCCACAACCCUCUCAGAUCGAGCCCGCCUUCUCGACCACCGAGGUCUACUAUGAGGCCUAUGUGAUGCAGACCACCACCACCACUCAGACCACCACCACCAAGACCUCGCGGACCCCGGUCAAGAAGUCAACGCCUACGGUCAACGUCCCUGUCGAACGCUACCCGCAGCCGCUCUCCUCGGCCGUGCCCAGCCAGCAAUCGGAUACGUCCAAGUCGGUCCACUCCAAGACCUCGCACGAGGUCAGCCUUCCGGGCGACGUGGCCGCUGCCGAUGACAGCUUCAUAUUGGAAUCGCUAACGUAUACCCUUAUUGGCUCGUGGUUCCAAAAAUAUAACCGCCACGGCAAGAACCCGAAGCUGCGCUACUUUUGGGUUAAUCCGUUCAGUCGAACGCUGAACUGGGCCGUCAAGCCGCCGAGCCAGGGAACCCAGCGACUUGGGGCCAAAACAGCUUGCAUCGUCUCGGUGUCGACACCUUCCGACAUCCACCUUACCCUCGAUGGCCCCCAGCGUCGCAACUUCCCUCCCAACAUUAAUCACGCCAUCCGUAUCGAGACCCCAUACCGCGAUAUUCUGCUUGUCCCCACGAAUUGGUUUGACUACCAGCAGUGGGUCCAGGGCCUGCGCUUCUUGGUGGAGAACCGCCAUGACAUUAUUCCUCUGCAGGAGCAGAUCCAGUUUAUGCCCACACGAUCGACCACAGGCUCGGCCGCCUUCCGCGCAUCGAUCCAGCGGCUCGAGGAAACUGGCCCGCUCGUGUCGCUGGCAUCGGCCCCGACCGCGCGCGAGAUGAACACCAUCUACGAGGACCGCCACACAUCUGGCUCCAGUGGCCCUACGGAUGCCGAUCGGCCCCUCAACCUCGAGGAUCUCUGCCAUCCUCCUCUGAACGCAGCGCCUGUGCCCGGAACAACGCGCUCGCGCCGAGGCAACUCGAUCAGCCAGAACAAGAACCCCAUGGUCGGUGCCGACGAAGGCGCGGCUGCCGCUGGAUUUGUGGGCAUGAAGCAGAGCUUUGUCCGGCGAGCAAAGAGUCUGGCAUUCCUCAAGAUGGGCAAGAGCCAGAAUGCGGAGCGCAACAGCAGUGCCGGCGGCAACGGCAGCCACACCACGCUUUCGGGCAUGCCGCGGAGCGAGUCGCCCAUGAACGUCUCGUCGUCCGACCACGACGAGGUGUUGGUCUCCCAGCGACCUUCGUCGGCCCUCGGAUACACCGGGCGGCGGAGUGACUGGGUCAUCUCGGAAGAAGACCCGCCGCGGUUUGAACGGGGAUCGUCGUCGACUCGGCUGAGCAAUUCGACAUCGAGCCGAAUGUCCGACCUCUGGAACGGUGUUAGCACCCGCUUCAGCGCCUCGGGUCAAAAGAAGUAGGACGCCAACGGCAGAACAUGCUGGUCGGCUGAGCUGGCGAGGAUGACGUGCCCCCCUCUCCACCUUCCCUCCACGACCGAUACCGAGCCCAUGCCUGGAUCCUUAGCAACGCCGAAUCAACCAAGCUGGUGCCCCUGCCAGCCCCAUGUGGCACCGCCGAUGCCCUCCUCCUCCU